AGUGGCAGUGUCUUUGGGCGCAUCAUGCAGCGUCCUUUUGACUCCAAUCUUGCCUUUCGCAAGUCACCCUGACUCGAGCAACCAUCCAUCUCUUAGGAGGCUCACGUUCCAGUAACAGCUUGUCACGCCGCAGUCGAUCGGUAUAAUACGGUAAGCCUCGUUGGCUCGCUCCUUCACUCAUCAACCUUCCUUACCCACCCCUUGUUUGCCACUCAAUGUCACCCGGUCGCGCGCUCGCACGAGCUAUGGGCCGCGUGCAAUCGCAGUCCGGGCGCUCAUGGAAUCAGUUCAUCCGCGCCAUCCUGCUCGUCUUCAAGCGCCUGCUCGAGAACCCGCAGGUCUCUGAGCUGCUGAGAUUCAUGUUCCUGGGGACCAUCGUCGAGACGAGUCGAGUCAUCGGCGCUAAGAUGGUUUCCACGGUCAACAGCUUCUUCCUCGUCAAAGCGUCCUUCAAGCAGGGGGAGCUCAGCUACGAAUGGGUCACGGCGUACCUCAACCACCACAAGGUGUGGAACCGGUCCCGCACGUUCCGCGUGAACGCGCGCAACGCCAAGGUCGUGGCGAACAGCGAAUUCGCGCUCGCGACCGGCGACGGGUACCCCGACAUCGUGUACGAGCCGGACAACAGCGAGCCGGAGCUGUUCUUCUGGCGCCGCCGGCACUGGAUCACGAUCAACAAGAUCGAGAACGAGGGCGCGUCGAGUCUGACGCUCCAGGUGUGGAGCCGGAAUCGGAAGGUCCUCGACGAGUUCGUGCAGGAGGCGCGCGCGUUCUACAAGACGUCGCCGGUGCCGCCGCCGCGGCAGGACUACGACUGGUCGCAGUCGCUCAUCAUCGCACACUUCAACCAGGCUGAUUUCAGCUUCGACUGGGUGCUCGACUACCUGCAGUCGUCGAACGUGAUGGCCGACGCCAACGAGUUCACCGUCUCGACGAAACAAAACGACGCCGGCUGGAACCGGGAGGAUCCGAAGAGCCUGGUCCGUUUCGUCCCGUCGUCGAACACGCACCGUAGUGCUAGGAAAUAGACUACGCACAUGGUGCUAGCCAUAGGAAAUACAUACUAACGUGUGGCCUAGCCAUGCCAUGGCUAGCACCAUACGCUUACGGUCCCGCCUGAGCGGUGCACAUGUUCCAUUUUGGGUGGUGCUCUGUCACCUGCCUGGUGCCGGUCCCGGCAGACCCCAGCAGGUCUCAUCCCAUCAGAUUCACUCGCAUAAGAAUACAAUGACAUGAUGCAGCCAAAUCACUAAAUCAGACUGCAAUCUAAUCUAAUGCGAUCUCCCCCAUGUCUGAAGAUGGCCCCAGAGACAUUAUGCAAUCUAAUCUGAA